ACGUUUUGGAGAGACAAGAUGAUAGUCCUUAACCCACUGUAUGCCCCAGGACAUCAGCUGCAUAAUGCAAAAGCUAUUCACCCCAUAACACUAACCCGCAUGUAACAAAUAAGCAGCAUCAUAAUCCUCAGGACCUAUAAGAAAUGGAAUAAUUUGUAUCAACCAAAUUCUCAACAGAGGCAGGUUUUUAUUAUGAACAAACAUUUUGCCCUUGAUGCAGCAAAUUUACCAUAUCAAAGAAUUUUAAGACUUCUAUUUUUGCCACAGCUCCAUGAAAAACUAUAUAUUAGCCUCCAGCCAUUCCACUGAAUCAUGCCACUACUUAAGUUCUUCGGUUUCAUAAUGAUUCAAGCUGUUUUUCUGCUAUUUACUGUAAGUAGACAGCACCUUACAGCUUCCCCCUCUCCCUCACGGACCUUUAAGAAAGGGGAAAUAUUUCCAGUGUUUAAUGUGUUACUGCAAUAACAAGUUUAGAUGAGCAACUUCUCCGCUUUAGAAGACUGUAUCGCAACCAAUCACAACUUCUGAAUUCCUGCAUGACAUCAUGAGCCCGGCCUCUGAAACUUUUGUUAUUUUUUUCUCCACCUACUUCAAUUGUUCCCACAAACUUGGUGACAGACUCGGACAAGUUGCCAGAGAACUCCAGACAAUUUCCCACAGCUCAGAGCACACAAUUCUAUAAUUCACUAAUAAUCAUCAACAGAGGUGGGCGACAACAGUCAUGGAGGAUUAAGGCAGAAGGCAUUAUCACAACUGUAAUACAAUCUACACUCGUACUGAUCAAAACACUUUACUUUUGUGUUUCUAACUCUUCACUUUCCUGCUUUCCCAGCUCCACAAAGAUUCUUUAAAACCAAAAAGAGAAGAUAAUAAGCACUUUGCACUGCUCCUGACAACUUCUGUUCUUUACCUGCACUUCUAAAUCUUCUGGCUUGUGUCCUCCACUUUGCUGUUGCCAUGGAGAAGGUCCAGUACUUAACACGCUCUGCCCUGCGGAGAGCCUCAACUAUUGAGGUGAACCCACAAUCACGCCAAAGGCUCCGGGAUCUCUUUGUAAAUUUUUUUCUUAUUUUAAUUUGCCUCUUGCUUAUCUGUAUCAUUGUGAUGCUUCUUUGAAGUUCCACUACUUCUGAAUGAUCCCCUCCACGCUAUCCUAUCCAAAAACCGCAAAGGGAGGAGAAAAGAACCACGCAAGAAACUCCCAAUGCAAGGAUACCUUUGGGACAGGGCCUGACACUUGGACUAGAGCUAUCUGUCAACUACCACACCACCUUACUAGCUACUGUAAAACAUAUUAAACCCAAUUCUGUCUUGAACAGUGAUUUAAAGCUUAUUGUUAAAAUGCUGUGCAUGAGCUAACUUACUUGUUCGUCUUGUCAAGGGGCAUCUUUUGUGAAUGUUAUAAACUACUGCCUUUUCCACGGACUUGGGAAGGUCACUGUGCUACUCAACUAGUUUCAGCCAAAUCAACUAAAAUAUUCAAACAGAAAUAUUACUUUUUGGCCAGCGUACUUUAAUUCCCACUUCCAAUCACCUAAGAUACUAAACAUAUUCAUAACUCGAAUCUGGAGGGGAUCUGGGACAGAAGUUAAAUAAACCGAUUUAAAGUAAAUCAAUUGAGUCUGAUAUUAUAUCCAUCCAGGCUUAUCUUAAACCGUUUUGGACUUUUUGAAAGCAGUUUACGUGCACUGAACUUCUGUUGCAUUACAGAUUUGAACAGGUUUCUGAUCACUUAUACCGGUUUGAGUGUAACUUCUGUUCCUAGCCUUUAGUGUUCACACACAUGCAUAAAAGAUGGACAUUAACUAGCUGGUCUACAAGUAGUAUAUUUUUCUAACAGGGCUAUCUUGAAUAAAAGCCACACAUCUGUCUUGUGGCAAGUCUGAUGUUUUGCCAUGGAAGUCAAAUUUUGCAGGAAUCAGAAACAGAGCAGAAGAGCCACAGACCAUGGGCCAACAGUGGCCCAUGAAGGUGUUGUUCAUAGGCAAAACCAAGACUUUCUUUUUAACUGCUCAUGUUCAUUAGGAAACAGCCAAGUGCACACAAAUAUUUCCCCAUUAAUAAUUAUCCAAAGAGAAGGUAUGCAACUAUAAGAAGAGGCCCACAUGAUCAGGUACAAAAAAAGCAAUCUACAGAAUAAUCCUUCUAAAUAUAUGGCUACACUAUUAAAGUCUAAGAACCUCUAGAAAAAAAAAAAAAGAAUUAAGUGAUCUCCUAA